GCUGACAGAAUUCCAAGCUUAAACAUUAAUAGAAAGUCCAAAUGUUUUUCUGAGGACACGGCGCUUCCCUUGCAUUACGUUGACACGUGCCAUAUUGCAGGCUAAUCCCAACAGGGCUGGGAAGUUAAAUAUUUGUUUCUGUGGUCAAUAAGUUCCCUGCUUAGUUUGUAUGGAGCUGCAUACAAAGGACUGUGCGGGAGCCCCGCGGAGCAGAAGCCUCUGGUUCCCUUCCAGCGGCAUGGCUCUUCCCUCCCGGGGCUUUUGUGGCUGGACCAGCCUCCUUCUUCUGCUGACAUCGUCCUUCGUCCCUGCUGAAGGUGGGAAGAUCCUGGUGAUCCCUCAGGAUGGAAGCCACUGGCUCAGCAUGCGCCCAGUGGUGGAGAAGCUCCAGCAGAAGGGCCACGAGGUGGUGGUGGUGGUGCCAUCCACGAGCCUGUACAUGACCUCAAAGGAGCCGCAGAACUACACCGUGAGGGUGUACCCUGCCCCAUACCCGGACGGGUACCUGGAUGCCACGCUCAAGGCCUUUGUUGACGCUCAUUUUACUGAAGGAUCUGUUUUGAAUUUUAUUAUUGCCUCGUACCAAAGCACAGUAGAGAUCUCCAGGGUCUUCUUCAUGAACUGCCAGAGCCUCCUGCAUGACCAAGACCUGCUGCGGUACCUGAGGGAGAGCAAGUUCGACGUGGUGUUCACGGAUCCCAUCCUGAUGUGUGGACCCGUGGUGGCUGAGUACCUUUCAGUCCCUUCCAUCUACUUCCUGCGGGGCUUUCCCUGUGGGAUGGAUUUUGACGCUACCCAGUGUCCAAACCCUCCUUCCUACAUCCCCAGGUUCUUCCUGUAUUAUUCAGACACCAUGACCUUUGCUCAACGUGUGAAGAACAUGCUGGUGAAUCUCCUGGAGCUCUUCUACUGUAAGCCAAUAUAUGCUGAAUUUGAAGAACUUGCAUCUGAGGUUUUGAAGAAGAAGGUGACAGCCACAGAGCUUCUGAGCCGUGGAUCAUUUUGAUUAAUGAGAUACGAUUUUGUGUUUGAGUUCCCAAGACCAGUGAUGCCCAACAUGGCUUUUACUGGAGGGAUAAACUGUCAGCAGAAGAAAAAACUCUUUU